CAUCUAGCGGUGAGGUUGGCUCAAUACAAGUUACAAAACUGACUUGUGUAAGUUUCAAUCAGCUGUUGGUUGGGUAACAAGCACUGUGACCAUGCGGCACAUUUGAUAUGGGCUUUAAACCACUGUAGAAACAAAGUAUUGAUACAAAAAGGUGAAGAUGCCUACCGGCGGAGAAGACGACAGAGCUGUGGUGAAGAAACUUCUGAGAGACGUGCUUCUGGGCCGAGAAGAUCCGGAGGUUUUUUUUGCGAAGUGUGUGUCCGUGUUGGGGCACCAGGAGACCCGAGGGCACUUUUUAGCCGUCAUCAAGCCUCUCUUACCGGCCAACACAUCCCUGCACUGUGCCCUCGUCUCCAUUUAUCAGGAAUAUUUCACCCAGGUGGAAGAUGACGAGCUGGAACUUGCACUGACCGUGUCACAACUUGAAAUGCAAGACACCCUGCUUCAGAAAGACGAAGGAUCCACGGGUGGCCGCACAAAGGAAGGAGGACUAUGCACAGCACGUAUGCCUGAGCAUCGGAAGGAUGCAGAGCUGAACAUGUCGCACGCGGGUCCAACAGUUUCUACCAUGCGGAAUACGGACAAAAGUGUCAGCAAUGUAACGGAGGACAAGGUUUCUCAGCAGAAGGCCAAGCGUUCUAAAACCAGAAGGCGGAAAGCGGGCGGCCAGCAGGUAGUUGGUCUGCCCUGCUCUCCAUCAGCAACACCACCAGUGUUGCUUUGGUUCCGCAGGGACUUGAGACUGUGUGACAACCCUGCUCUCAUCAGCUCCUUGGAGGUAGGUGCACCCGUCAUACCCGUCUUCAUCUGGAGUCCCCAAGAGGAGGAGGGGCCCGGAAUCACAGUGGCCAUGGGCGGAGCCUGUAAAUACUGGCUUCAUCAAGCGUUGGCGUCUUUCUGUUCAUCGCUGGAGCGUAUCGGCAGCCGUCUUAUCUUCCGUGAGGCAAACAGAGCGGGGUGCCACGUCGGAUCCACUCUGCACACGCUUAAAGAGCUGGUGAAGGAGACCGGGGCAAGAACAGUGCUGGCCAAUGGCCUGUAUGAGCCCUGGUUAAAGGAGAGGGAUGACGUGGUGGUGUCUGCGCUGCAAAAAGAAGGGGUUGACUGCACCAUGUUCCACUCGUACUGCAUCAGAGACCCGUACUCUGUUAGCACAGAGGGCGUUGGACUCCGAGGAAUCGGAUCAGUGUCUCAUUUCAUGAGCUGCUGCAGACAGAACCCUGGCUCUGUGUUGGGCACUCCACUGGACCCGCCCGGGUCCCUGCCUGCACCUUCCAACUGGCCUCUGGGUGUCACUCUGGAAGAACUGGGCCUGGCACGUAUGCCGCGGAGGAAAGACGGCACAACGAUUGAUUGGGCUGCUAAUAUUCGAAAGUCCUGGGAUUUUAGCGAAGAAGGAGCUCAUGCACGCCUUGAAGCUUUUCUCCAUGAUGGUGUGUAUAGAUACGAGAAAGAGUCAGGCAGGGCCGACGCUCCAAACACCAGCUCCCUGUCUCCGUACCUUCACUUUGGUCAACUAAGCCCUCGCUGGCUCCUCUGGGACGCCAAGGGGGCACGCUGUCGACCUCCGAAAUUCCAACGCAAGCUGGCGUGGAGAGACCUGGCAUACUGGCAGCUAACCUUGUUUCCUGACCUACCCUGGGAAUCCCUCCGGCCUCCGUACAAGGCACUGCGGUGGAGCAGCAAUAGUGGUCACCUGAAGGCUUGGCAGCGUGGUCGAACGGGCUACCCCAUGGUGGACGCAGCUAUGAGGCAGCUGUGGCUGACGGGCUGGAUGAACAACUACACCAGACACAUUGUGGCAUCUUUCCUCAUUGCAUACCUGCAUCUACCCUGGCAAGAGGGCUACCGCUGGUUCCAGGACACACUGGUGGACGCAGACGUCGCCAUCGACGCCAUGAUGUGGCAGAACGGGGGCAUGUGUGGUCUGGACCAUUGGAAUUUUGUCAUGCAUCCUGUGGACGCUGCUAUGACAUGCGACCCCGUCGGCAACUACGUCAGGAAAUGGUGUCCUGAGCUUGCAGAUUUGCCCGAUGACCUUAUUCAUAAACCCUGGAAAUGCCCGGCGUCCAUGCUGCGGCGAGCAGGUGUGGUAUUUGGCCAGACAUAUCCUGAGAGAAUAGUUACAGACCUGGAGGAGAGGCGGAGUCAGUCCCUCCAAGACGUGGCCGUAGUUCGUAGUCAACACGGACAGUACGUGGACAAACGCACAGGCUGCGACUUGGUCCCUAUGCCGCCACGCCUGGUCUCGGAGGCCCUGAGCUUGUCCCACAAUGCUGGCGGCGUGGCCUCGACUGGCAAGCAGUUCCUCCUACCCGUCAUCACCCGCAUGGAAUUCAAGUACCAGCUGGAAGAUCCGGACGCAGACGCUGCCUCCAAUCCUUACAACGCCGUCCUUAAAGGCUACGUGAGUCGCAAAAGGGACGAGACCAUCGCGUUCCUGAACGAGCGAGACUUCACCGCCAGUGUUUUGUACGAGGGAGCUCAGAGGAAGGAAAGGCUGGAGAGAGACUAUCGCCGCAUGGAGGGGCUGCCUAGACCUCUGGAGCCACAAGGAAGAGCAAGGCGCACACCAAAUGCCAAAGACAGGUUCUCAAUAGUACCUGGUGGUGCCGUAAAAUCACCCAGAUGAACAAGGGACAGACGAGCUUCCUGAGGACACUUCCACUCUGUAAAAUACAAUUGACAAGAUGUUACAAAGUCAGUUAUUAAGUUGCCUCUGACCGACUUGGGGACAAGUCUAGCACCAUCUGCUGGUUUACUGUACAUGUAUAAAUCUCUAAACACUAAAUACAGACGGAACUUAAAAAUGUUCUGAUUUUCAAUUUGAGGUUUUUAUAAGCUCUAAGCCAUAAUCAUCAAAGUUCUAUCAAACUGCUUGAAGUAUAUUGAGUUGCAUGGUAUAAGCUUAUGUUUCAGCCUGUAGAUCGAAUUGCUGGAAUAAACAAACCUUUACACCA